GCCCAGGCAGGCCGACGGGUCAUUUCCCCUAAACUGCACCUACGACUUGUCUUUUUCUUAAUCGGAACUUAUAUUCCCGGUGUCAUUUAUAUAUAGUCCAGCCGGGUCCAUCCUGCGUUGGGGCCCGACUAAGUUCCUGUGAUCUGAUCUGGUUCGAUUGUUUAGCGCUCUUCUGUGAUAGAGCGCUUACUUGCGCCCCGCCGAGAGCAUUGAUCCCCCUCACUUUCGCCCAUACUACAACAACGAUCCUCUCUAGUCCACUCCCACCAAAUUAGGUGACGCUGUUACAGAUCCGUCGUUGGUCUCCAGCGUCCAUACUAAUUAGACCUUCUCCGAUAUUUUCUUCUCCUCCUCGAUCCUCCUGCUACAGACCAUCUGCUGCACUUCCUCGCCCUCUCGGUAGUUAGCUACUGUGAGGCUGACGAAGCUUUGACUAUUGCCUCAUAGUUCUUGAAUCCUUUCUAUUCUUAUCUUUCAACUGUCCAGACGAUACAAACCUACUUUGCCUGCUUAUUCGGAAGAGGAAAAACAACACAAAUUGCCUGUUCUUCCCAGAUUAAUUUACCCAUCACCAAACUUCUUGCACGAUGUCUGCCAAUCGAGCAAGGCGUAUCGCCAAAGAGAUCGCCGACAUCCACGCCGACACACAGUCGCAAAUCACGGCUGAACCACUGCACGGUGGGGAGGAUCUUACACAUCUUCGAGGCACGUUCCCAGGGCCUCCAGGAACACCCUAUGAAGGUGGAACCUAUACCAUCGACAUUAAAAUCCCCAACGAUUAUCCAUUUCGGCCUCCCCACAUGAAGUUUGUAACCAAGGUCUGGCAUCCCAACGUCAGCAGUCAAACAGGUGCCAUCUGCCUAGACACUCUUUCCACUGCGUGGUCGCCGGUGCUCACCAUCAAGUCUGCCCUUCUGUCACUGCAAUCCCUGCUAAGCACACCCGAACCCAAAGAUCCUCAAGAUGCUGAGGUCGCCACGAUGCUCCUUCGGAGACCGCAGGAGUUUGCACGAGUUGCUCAGGAGUGGGCUGUAAUGUAUGCAGGAGCUCCCAGAAGGCAUGCAGGUGAAGGCAGCGGCGGUGUGACAGACGAAACUCUUCGACUGCAGGAGAUCAAGUCGAAAGAAGAGCAGGAACAAGAGGAUUUAAGCAAAUACGACGGCUACAACAAAGACUUGAUCGACCGAUUCUGUAACAUGGGAUUUGACGUCGACCGCGUUGUAGCCGCAUUCAAAUACUACGGCAUUGAUCGAAUGGACGGAGAAGACUACGAGCUGGAGGAGGCGUACAUGGGAGACAUUACAGCGCGGCUCCUCGGCGAGCCGUAGUUGGUGUGGUGUAUGACACACGGUUCGGAUGGUUUAAAUUUUGCAAUAGCGACGGUGCUAGGCGAUUCAGUCGGGUUUGCUCUCUUGAAUCUGGAGACCUCUUCGCACGAACAUCAUAAAGACAAUCUCUUUUCUCUUUUCACAAGUCACAUCCCAAACAGUGAUGACCUAUGUUUGUUUAAUAUAUCCAAUUGCUUUCAACGUCUUUCGGCAGCAUAGCUCAAGUCAGGAUACUAUUAACCUUGCAUUUAGUCAAUCAAUAUCUGUAUGACCCAAAGGAUAGUGUCUUCUAAAGUAAAUAGCUAUUUUGAACGAUCACAG